GUUUUCCAACGCUUUUCACUCUGAUCUGGAUAAUAGCAAAACUCUACUUUGAAGACACAGCAUGCUGGGAUAUUAAUCAAGACUCUCCAUACUGGUGGCUAAUCAAAGGACCUAUUAUAAUUUCUGUUGGGGUCAAUUUUGUCCUAUUUAUCAACAUCAUCAGAAUUUUGCUGAAAAAGCUGGACCCUAGACAAAUCAACUUCAAUAACUCUUCUCAGUACAGACGUCUCUCAAGGUCAACUCUGCUUCUAAUUCCAUUAUUUGGAACCCAUUAUAUUGUCUUCAACUUUCUUCCGGAAUAUACCAGCCUGGGGGUUCGACUUUACUUAGAGCUCUGCAUUGGAUCUUUUCAGGGGUUUAUUGUAGCAGUUCUCUACUGUUUUCUGAACCAAGAGGUACAAACGGAAAUUGGCCGGAGGUGGCAUGGUAAGAGAUAUGGACUUAUGCCAGUGUGGAGGAGGACAAGAUGGACGGUGCCAUCUAGUUCUGGAGUAAAAAUGACCACAUCUGUGUGCUAA